GGCCACGCCCCUUACAGCCCACGCUCCACCCCCUUCUGCGGAACGACCCCGACCUCUCAGGGCAACCUCCAGUUAAGGCACAACCGGAACCGCCAGGCGUUCUCUCCGAGAUCCGACCCAGGCUCAGAGCCCCAAACGCUGGGACAGGCUGCCCACCGACCACCCCCGCCACGCGCGGGCCACGACACCACCCGUAGGGCUCGCCUGCCACCCCGGGGACCCCCAAGCGGCACCGCCCAGAGGCCGAUGCCCCCUCGGGAGACCUUCCAGACCCGCGGUUCCCGGGGGGACCCCCAGCUCCGCCCACCUGGUCCUGGGCCUCCGCAUCUGCAGCGACAGAACCCCCGAGGCCCGGAAACCAGCUCGCUACAAAAUCAGUGCCAACCCCAGCCCCAAGCCCACAGGGCGAGGCCGAAGAAAAUUGUGUUUGAAGAUGAGCUGCCCCUACAGGCCCUCCUGGGCACCAAGAGGCCUAUUGGAGCCAUCCCUGGGGGAUAUAUGCCCAGGCCCCACUCAGUGCCCGACUAUGAGCUUAAGUACCCACCAGUGAGCACUAAGAGGGAGCGGAGCCGAUAUGCAGCUGUGUUCCAGGACCAGUACUCUGAGUUCUUGGAGCUGCAGCAAGAGGUGGCCUCUGCACAGGCAAAGCUACAGCAGCUGCAGACCCUACUGAGCUCGCUGCCCCCACCCCACAGCCAGAAAGAGGCCCACGUCACCGCCCGUGUCUGGAGGGAACUUGAGAAGAAACAGAUGGACCCCAGCUUUCUGGACAAGCAGGCUCGCUACCGCUACCUGAAGGGCAAAUUGAAGCACCUCAAGACCCAGAUCCAGAAAUUUGAUGACCAAGGGGACAGCGAGGGCUCCGUGUUCUUCUGAGCAUCCCAGCAGACAAAAGGAAGGAUGCACUGGGGUGGGGUCCUGCCCUGCCCUUGCUUCUCUCAGCCCCUACAGUUUCCUACCUCUGGGCUUUGCUCUUGCAGUUUCCUCUGCUGUUCCCUCUGCCUGGGAUAGCUUCCCCUGACUGCAGAUGCCUCACCCUUUGUGGCCCAUCUCUCAUGGCCCCUCUUCCAGAAUGCCUUCCCAGGACCUCCUCUGGGACCCCCGGCCGUGACCCCAUGGGGACCCAGAACUUAGCCCUGUCUCCAAGAAGCAGGUCCUACGCUCCAUCUCAAUGGAAUAAACAUCUUUUAAACAACUACUGUGUAAAGCUGCUUAACACUCCUAAUUUCACUUGUCACUCAAAAAUUGUUCUCCCCAUUCUCAAAAGAAAAAAAAAAAGCCUGAUUUUCCAAGAAAGGGACUUGCCCAGAGUCUCCCCAGUAGAGUUUAAAUCCUCAUAUAUCCAGGGGGCUCCCUCUCCCUCAAGAGCCUCAGAUGACCUCUGACUGGAAAUUUCAGGGUUGACAUCUGGCUUCAGCUCCUUGGGGGAAGUCCCAGGGACCAUGAAUUUCUGCAACUUCAGUAAUGAAAGCAAGAGUGGCAGAGGUGGCGGAGGUCACGGAAGUCUUGCUGGAGAAGUCAUGAGGGUGCAACACUGGAGAAUGCCUGAAGGGGGAGGACAGAGCCCAGGGACACACAGGAGGCCCUGAUCCCCCCACACCCCCCACCCCCAGACAAAUGGGUCCCUCUCCAUUCUCCACUUACCCCUGGGCCCUUUGAGCUGGAAAGUGAUUGACACCAAGCACUGUAUAGACUGCACUAACGUGCCUGGCCCAGGGGAGGAUUUCCCAGGCCCUGGGUUCUGUAGUUGGGGCAGAGGCAAGGCCAGGCUCCCUGCCAGGCUUUGUGACCUUGAACUGGAAGCUGCCCUCUCUAAAUCUUGGUCUCCCAGGGAAGUUACAGGGGACUGACGCCAUCAGGGAGUCAAACUGGCAAGCGGAGAAGACAGUACCAGCCACCGCAUGCGACCGUGGCCACAGAGAGGCCUCAGCUCUUGAGGAGCCCCUAGUCUGGGGACGAGAGCCCUGGUCCCAAUAUGAAAGAGCAAUAAUGGAGGAGUAGAUGGCAGAAUCUUGACAACCAGAGAGGCUGGAGAUGUCUUCCCGCAGGAGGGGCCAUAUGGAUGGGGUCUUGUAGGAGAAGUAGGAGUUCAGUAGUAAGGUAGGGACAGACAUCUAAAUCUCUGGCCUGGGGACUAGAUGACAGGAUAGACCCCUGCGGUAUCACUCAGUCCUCAGAUGUCCUUGAUUUGUGAAUCUGAGAAAUGGGCCAUUGCUGUCCAGCCCUACUAGAGUGGAGUUGUAUCCACUUACCCUCAGGACAACUGUGGAGACCCAGAUCCAGCACAUUGCCCAGUUCAGCCUCCAAAGGAGGCCCGGUGUUCUUCCCAUUCCACUCUACCACAGUCCCCUUCAGGGGAACAGGGCAUGCCCUCAAGACCCCCGUUCAUUCCAUAGCCUUGUCUCCCGUCUUCCCAGACCUCCAAGAUGGACAUAGGGGAACAUUUUGGAGGACUGGAGCUGUCAGGGUGACAGACCCAAGUUCUGCCCUCACUGUUCUUAGGGGGCAUCUUUGAUGGAGAUUUUUCUGCCUGGCAGGGCCUCAGUGAAGGCCUGAGAGGUGUCAUCACCCCGCCCCAAUCCAAAUCUUUUCUACCUACCCCCUAGAGCCACAGCCCUGACAAUACACCCCCCACGGGUACCUUUCCCACCACAGAGCAGGCCUCAAACUUCUGAGGCAGGAAUGCCAGGGUCCUUCAUGCCCUGCACCACCCCAUAUUCCAUUUCAACUCAGCUAAAUCCAUAUUUCAAUGUCUGUCCUCACAGUGGUCUCUACCCUCCAGAUGCCAAUC